UUUUUUGGUGACUGGAAAACAAGCCAUUUCAAAAAUCCUCAGGAUUGUUGAGCCACAAUCGGAGCUCCAGCAUGUUUGGUGAGCUGGCUUUACGGCUGUAUGUGUUGUACAAUGACUGCUGUAAGAAAGACAAGUGUUUUGUUGUUGACCUACCAUCCAGAAACCACUUCCUGCAUUCAUGUUGGUUCCACUUCUGCUUUUCAAAGAUGUCCAGUUGUGUAACUGGACAUCUAUCUGUUUGCAGCCGUUUUCAUGUUGGAGUGUAAACAUUGAGUUGUGGGGUGCGGGGGCGUGGUCAAGCAGCAGCUGGAUUUAAAGAGACAAGAGAACCUAAAAGCUCAUUUUGAAAGGAGCUCAGAAUAGACAGAACCUGACACACUAAAAUCUGAUUUCUAAGGGAUUUUGUGCAAAAGAAAAAUAUGUUGAUAAUGUUCUGUAUUGCCUAUAGGACUAUCCUAAUCUGGUAGAAGAAGCAUAAUAGUUGAGCUUUAUGGAAUUACACUUGCAGUUGCCUAAACAAAAUACAGAAAAUAAAUUGCAAAUAAUUUUACGUUGUCACUUUUUAAAACUGUUUUGCAUUUCUAAUGGCAAGAACAAAAUGAUGGCAUUCCUACAUUUCUGGCUCAUGGUGCAAAAAGUGUGAAAACCACUGUAUCCUAUCCCCAUCUUAUAAUCGUUAUUUAUUACGUCAAUUAAAGUAAAACAAUACAAGUGAGUAUAAAAAUAUCCUCUUAUUUCAGCUACUUAAAACCGAUCCUCUCACUCUUCGUGUUGGAGCGGGGCCAACGUCCAGUUGAGUCAGUCCAGGAUGGAAGGCUUUACAUAGUCUAAUCUGGCUUCCUGCAACCAGCAUCCAUAAUUUUAAAACUGUCUUGUACUGUUGUGCAACUCGUACAAGAUAAGGUGCUUAUGGCAUGCUAUCAGUUUGUCAUUAAUAAUGCAUUGAUUUUAUGUUGUCUGACAUUAAUGUUAUCAGUGCUAAAGGGCGGGUCAUUAUUAACGCAGCUCUGAAAGUCCUUGAAUAUGAGUUUGGUUUCACAUGAAACACACGCCCAAACAUUUAUUUGGUGGCAGCGGUGGGAGUGAGGGAUAACAUAGUUAUAUAUAUAUUUUUUAACAAAAUCACCAGUGGCACAAUUAUUGAUGCUUGUUUCUUUUCAUUGCAUGCUUUGUUUUCACGUUUGCCGCGGUGCCCCGAUGGCAGUUUUCUGGCCGAGCGCCGAUCUUUAAAAAGCCUGACCUGCCGAUCGAUUCCGAUUUAAGCCGAUACCGAUAUUUUAGUCUGAAAAAUCGUGAAAAAUAGCAACAGUUGCGAAGUCGAUAACGAUGGGGUUGACAAAAAAAGAGAGACAAAAGAAAAGGAAUUAUUUAGCUACUUUUAUUGUUGGAGGAUAAAGAGGGUACGGAAAGCAAAUAGAGAAAAACGUGAAAAAUUAAGCUUUAAAUCAUCUUCAGUUCAUGUUUUUGAGCGUGUGCUAUAUAAGAAAAUCAUGUCAGCAUAUGUUUCCAUAUACCUUUCUCUUUCUCUUGUCAGUCUUUUUAUAAUGUCUUUUUAAAACACUUGUAUUUAUGUGAAGAAAUGCUAAAACACGCAGGUUUUUGAUAGGCAAAUUGAGUAUUUUUGGAAGGAAAAUUAUGUUGUCUUUAUAUGUUUUUUUUAAUGGCAUCUGACAAAAGCAUAAGAGGAAAGACAUCUAUGAAUAUGAAACAUUACAUAUCGAUUUGAACAAUUGUUCGGGUGACAUUAUCCUUUUCACAUUCAAUAUUUGCCUCUCUCUCUAAACAUAUCCUGUGUCAGAUUCCGCCUCUCUAGUACAACAUAAAUCUAUUUUUAGUCUUUUUCACACAUCUUCAAACUUCCUUCCAGGAUGUGUCUCACAUCUUACUUCAAUUUGAAGCCGUCAUAUCCAACAUGGAACGUCACAUGAGCUGUAAAUGUUUCCUGAAAAAGAUGCAGGUGCAAAAAAAAAGCAAUGGAAGCAGCCUCACCACUGAGGUUUAUUGUCUCACCGUGGGGUGUGUAUAGGUGUGUUUAACAAUCUGUUUUCCAGAAACCUGUCGUCAAGAUUGGACGGGCGUUACACAUAUGCGGCUCCAGUCGGCCACCUUUGGUCGUUUAUAAAGACCGCCGUCGCCUCCUGCUCUCUACCUGUCGCCCAGGAGACUGACUCAGCGGUAUCACCCUCCUUCUGACCUGCACCUGAGAGAAGUUUUUCAUCAUCGUCGUCAUGGCUGUGACCAACCAACCAGGCAGAUACGAGCCCUCCGACUUCCAGACGGGUCUGUGCGACUGCUGCGAAGACUUUGGAACCUGUUGCUACGGGUUUUUCUGCUUCCCGUGUCUCGGCUGCUCCAUCGCUAGCGACAUGAACGAGUGCUGUCUGUGCGGCACCGGCAUGUCAAUCCGCAGCGUCUACAGAACCAGAUACAACAUCAGGGGAUCUCUGUGUCAGGAUUACUUGAAGGCGGGCUGCUUCCCCAUAUGCGCCACCUGCCAGCUGAAGCGGGACAUCAACCGGAGAAAGGAGCAGGGCAUUUUCUAAACUGAUGCGAAGUCAUGACGACGGAGAAGCCGUAAACCCCCCAUGGACUGCUGGACUGAUAAGGAGGAGCCUUUCUCUCUUUCUUGAUGAAGAAAUUAUUCUGUUUACUACAUCGUUUUUUUGUUUUUUUUCUUCUUCUUUAUUUUACGUUGUGUCGUUCACCUUUUCCAUCAAUCACCUCGUGAUUCGUUGUUUUUCCUUUAUCCACGAACCUUUGGUCAACAUUGGGAAGCCACGUUUAUCUCCUGCUAUUAGUCCCACCCAGGGUUAUGAUGUACUGCGGUCAUGUAUGCUGCUAAUAGUUUAACAUUAUGUUGUAAAACGCAAAACUCUUUGCGUUUUACAACAUAAUGUAAAACACAAAGAGUUUUACAUUACGUAAAAUGUAAAACUCAGUUUUACAAGCGUCAACACUAGCUUGUAAAACUGUUGUCAUCUUCCAGAGGAACACAUGAAAACUUGAUUUUAAAUUAAAUAGUUUUAAUAAACGCUCUUAAGUUGUAUGUGCUUUCUUGUCUCUCUUUCAUUUUAUUGCAAAUUUUCUCUUGAAUCAACAAAGCUUUACAAAAUAUCAUCUUUCUUACUUUUCGCUCUCUGGUUUCCCUGAGUGUGCCUCCAAGUUUGAUAAUGCAGAUUAUCAAAAUUAAUUAACCACAACAUGGUUAUAUCCUAUGUAUUGUUACUUAAAGGAGGAUGAGUAGAUUUCCGCCAGAAAAACUCCAAAAC